GUUCUUGGGACACAAAAAGUGGUUAAAUUAUUCUAUAAUAAAAAUAGUAAAAUAAUAGUUAGAUCAGGUGAAGAACUAUUGGAAUUCAGGGGAUGUUUUGUACCUGAAUAUUCAAAUAGAAUUCAAGAUGAUAAAGUUAUUUUUAUAAAUCGAGAAGUUUAAUGUGGUUGAUAAAAUAUCCACAGAUAGCGCUGAAAAGUAACAACGCAUGCUCACUACUUUUAAAUUUUCUCGAGAGAGUCAUAACAAUGUCUCAUCACAACUUGUCAAGGCUCUGCUUAUCUGCUCCUGCUGGCUCUGGUUUGAUCUUUGUGUGCAAUCUGUGAUAAUGAUAUUUGUCUUGAAAAUAAGAUGGUUUUAUUGAUAAUUUGAUAACUUGUAUAGAUUAGGGUUAUUUUGAUAAAGAUUUUCAAUAUUAUUCGAUAGAGAUAACAAUUGGCAUAAAUCUGUUUCUCAAGCGCUGAAUUGUGAACAAACUUACCAUUUGAAAGGUUUUUUCACUCUCAGUUGACAUGGCUACUCAAGGAAUUGUAAGAAGCGCCAGUACUCGAAAUGUAAAAAAACUUGAGAAACCUAGACCAUUGAAGCAAAGUUUGUCAGUUGACAGUCUUAUGCUUCUUGUUGAAACAUUAACACAGAGCAUAAGCAUCAGCAGCUAUGACGAGAAUUUCAAAACAAAUAUCUCAACCUUGAACAAUCUAUUGAAAGCCAAAGGAAACCAACUGGAGUCAGUCUACAAAGAUCAAUUGGACAGAGCUUUCGUUUUAUUCCGAAACGCAACAAGAGACGAUCAACUCGAUUUCGAAUCCCGACGCUGUGUAUUGGAACUCAUCGAACUAAGAGCUAGCGGUUGGCAAGGAUCGGAUGCUUUGCAGAACUACUACAAUUCGAAAAUGCAAAGUGAUUUUGAACUGUUAGCUUCAAGAGAUCAGAGAGUCACUCCUAGUCUUGCUCCCGGUGAUAUUCUCAAAAACUCAGGCAAGUUUUUGAAGCCGACUAAAAUACCAGGGAAGAAUUACUGCAAGGAUGAACUAGUGAUCCGCAACUCUGACUCAGGAAAAGUUAAUCCUGGAAAGAAAGAAAGACUGGUGCAAAUUAUUGGUCCUAACGAAGAAAAGAUACUACACGCCCGACAUCUGAUUGAAGAUACGAUCCGAAACAAUGCGUCUCCCGUACGAGACAGCUGUGAGAGAGAGAAGAUGGGAGGAUCCACGUCCAGUCUGAACAGCAGCGCCUCUGACGAAAGCAACCGGAUUCCGUUCACAGUUAGAGGAAGCCGGGCUCUGCUGCACAGCUUGUCCACGCCCGACGCUAGUAUUGGCGAAUACAAGUACUCUGUCACCGUCGGAAAUGACACCAUAAAAAUCACUGGAACAAACCACGAACUUGUGCGAAAUGCAAAACUUGUAUUGGACGAAUAUUUUUCUCGUGAGAACUUCCAGAACUACACACCUGAUUGCUAUACGCACUAUGAGGAGGAUGUGUUCGUUAACAACAACAACAACAUUGGCAACUAUCCGGUGUACAAGCGACUGGGAAUGAUGGAGCCGUCGAAUGGAGGGGGAACGGUGCCUCCAAUUCCUCCAAUCCCUCCAAUUCCAUCUCUGAGUAGCAGUGGUGAUUUUGUGACGUACAUGGGCCCAGAAACUGCACCUGUGAGCAGUUUCACUCAUCCGGUUGUGACGAGGCGUGUGUCAGAAACCCUGACAGAGAAGACAGAUUCCGCAAAGAAGAGAUACAAAUAUUCAGUGGAAUUUCUAAUGAGCCUUCUCGAUCUCCCUGCUUCCAGUAAGCCGCCCAAGGACUGGGAUAGAAUUUCCAAAGAACAUCCAGCCAUUGUGAAACAGGUAGCCAACCAUUUUCUGCUUCCCACCCCUACCUCCCCUCCGUUGCAAUACAAUUACCCAACUCACAUCAGCUAUCCCCGAAGGAUCAAUAAACCCGAAAGCGAUAACUCGAACCUUGUGUAUUCGUUCUCAAGUGCUUGGAAUAUGGACCAAAUUCUAACCUAAACUAAUCAGCUACGGGUGCCGUGUUGAUUGUGUGGCUACUUUUUUCCUGCUUUGAAAAUAAUGUGCAUUACUAACAACUCGAAUUAUUAUGUGUACAUUACUAACAUCUGCAAUUCUAAUUGAUGAAUUCAAAAAUCAUUUUGCAACUUUGUGUAAUUCUUGUGAAUAUGUAUAUUUCUAAGUUGACUAUUAUAAUAUCUCUGUGAUAAUAUUAUGUUGUAGAUGACGCAAUUUAUAUUUAUUUUCUAACAUCGGUAAUUCGAUUUAUGAAUCAUUAUGAAGAAAAAUAUUAUGUUUUGAAUUUUUUAUAACCAACUGCAUUCCCAGGUAGUUUAAAGAAUUGGAAUAAAAUUGAUGAUUAUUGAAUUCGUAUUGAAUUUUCGAUUUAAAGUAAAGAAUCAUACAUUUGAGUUAAAUUUCAUUUAGUAAUCGAAAUAAUUAUGUUAGAAAUUUAUUUUAUCUCAAUACUUGAUAAAACCCUAGAUAAUCAAACUUCCUGUUCUUAACAAAUAAGGCUCAUCCCUUUCUAAUGUAUUCUAAUCUACACUAAUAUUUCCAAGUGAUAGAAGAAUCAAUGUUGAUAGGUCUAAACCCGUAGAACCCAAUAAUCAAAACGGUUCUUGAAUGUCAUUCUGUGUCGUGCUCUUUGACUCUAAUCUAAUCAGGUUCUUACAAGAAGAAGUUAACAUAAUGAUUACUGUCGUUGUCUUGAAUUUCUCUCUGUAACUGGGAACUCUGAUUAAGUUAUUGAUUAGGAAUAUUUACUCUGUAAAUGGAUUUACUAUUUACUUUAUACUGGAAAUGAGUUAACUCAUAUAAUUUAUUUUUAAAUUUAUCGAUUGAUGUAAUUUAGGUGGGAAUGGUAUUUAUUCUACCAAUAAUUAGGUUGGGGAUAUUUUGUUAAUGAAAUACGUUAUAUAUUUUUUACUGGGAACUCUGAUUAAGUUAUUGAUUAGAAAUGUUCACUCAUAAAAGGAUUCACUAUUCACUGUAACUUAUACUGAAAAUUAAUCAAUAGAUUAUAUCUAUUGUUAAAUUUAUCGAGAGAUUUAAUUGCUGGAUUUGCCAUUAUUGAGGUAAAAAUGAUAUUUAUUCUUCCGAUAAUUAGGUUGGGGAUGUUUUUGUAUUGAAAUAUCUAUUUUUUAAAUUCCGAGUACGGUAUGUAAGAUAUAAAUUCUUCAAUUAUCUCAUCAGAAAAGAAUUUUUGUUUUUAAUAUACGAAAUGUAAUGCAUUGUUGGUCGUAAAAUACAAAAUAAAUUAAAUGAGUCUGCAUACAUUAUCAAGUCUGAUAAGGUCUGAUAAAAACCGUAUAUUAUAGACCUUGCAUUAAGUCUUGAACAAGUUUGCUAACUCUUAUCGUCUGAAGAAGUGAUUAGAAGUCUAGGAAGAUUAGGAGUGUUUAUCAAUGGAGACUUUUCUAGUUUGAGGUUGAGGUUGGCAACCACAACAUUUUAUCACUAAUCAUUAUUCUCACUAAUCAACAGAAUCAUUAAAAUAGUAGCCUUGAAACGAGAAUGAAUUGAUCUUUUGUUUUUCUGAGUGAUUUGUUGUAGGAGUCGUAUUGAUGGUACCAAGCAUUCAAAAUUCACGCCAGUGUUUAAUGUCAGGUCGGGCUUAGGUCACAAACUCAAGUUCUGUUGUAAAUUUUGUCAACCCCUCUAAUAAGGAUGAUAACAAUUUUUGAUUGAUUCUGUAAUUAAUUUGUUUUGUCCCUUACUAGCACUUAUUUAUUAUCAAUCCACCUUUUUGAACUUUAUGCUCGAUUUACUUUACAAUUUAUGUAAAGUUUUAAAUCAUUUUCUUUUGUAGCUGUUAAAUUCCAUCUUCAAAAUAAGGAUCUCCCCAAUUUAUGUCCGGUUUCACCAAACUCGGUGAAUGCAUUUUUUGAACGUUGUCAAACUAGGGACGGUUCACAAAGAAUGCACCGGAACAUAUUAUUUCUAUGCGAUAUAAUUUCAGUGUACACUUAAAUCGUACCCGGCUUGAUUAUGCUCAAAUCCCUUGCUGAGCUCUGUGAAACCGGGCAUAAGUUUAUAUAUUAUGUUUGUGACAUGAUGCAAUCUAUCAGAGGAGUCUCCAUUGUCGAUUGAAUUGUUGUUAGUUUUGUUCCCUAUUCUUCAAGUGAGUCGCCGAUAUUUUUAGUUUUUCUCUAUUAGUAUUGUAAUGUUUGUUUGGCUAACCAAUAACAAACUUGUAUUGCCAAGGGUAGUUAGCGAUCAGUUCAGGUUAACAUGAAUGUUUACUUUCUUGUCUAGGGCUACUUUUAUUUACAUAAAAAUUUGAAAUUAAAGUACCCUUUUUAACAUUUUUAAAAAUAAACAAUAAUUGUUAAUGAUUUUUAAUUUUUAUAAAUGAUAUUAUGAAGAUAGUACAAGUUUUCAGUUUGAAGUUAUCUAUUUACGUCUACGUUUCUGUUAGAAAUGAAUAAUGAUUUUUAAUUUUGAUAAAUUAUAUUAUGAAGAUAGUACAAGUUAGUUCAGUUUGAAGUUAUCUAUUUACGUCUACGUUUCUGUUAGAAAUGUUUUGUUGAGUUUUUUUUUUUUAGUAUUUUCUAUUAUGUUAUAUUUUUUAAUUUACUUUUUUCUAUACACACUUAAAAGUGGAAAUGGUUUUCAAAUCACAAAGAUUUUGUUUAGGUAUACUUUUAUAAAAUAUCUUUAGCAAUUCUAAUUUUGUAUCUAGUAUUGUAUAUUUUUCAUUCCAAUCCAUAAUUUGGAAGUAAAUAUUCUUUAAUUUCCCAUCAAUUUUGAAGUUAUGUAUUAUUAGAUGAUUUGUAAUGAUGGUCUAUAAUCUGUAUAAGAUCACUGUGUAAUUCAUGAUGUACUGUAUUGAUAUUAAAAUCCAUAUAAAGAUAAGAUUAAUGCUA